AUGAAUCAUCAAACUAUGUUCAACGGUGAUGGGGGACACAAGGCAUGGGCCAGGAUCUACUUGUUCUACCUUCACGUCGCCGUCAAACUGCGAGGCGCCGAUGCCAUCGAAGCGAGACUUCAGCGGGUGCUGCAGCAGCAGUCGACCCCGGAAGGCGCUGGCCCUGCCCUGACACUCAACAGCUCCGAUCGCACGCUCCUCAACAUCUUUGGGGAUUACAUGCUCGAGCGUCUCUGCCGCCUCAACCCAGCCGACGAGUGGGCCGAUGGGUACGAGCGCUUCUUGGCCAGGCUUCCGGGCCACAUCGGCCGCCACGAUAUUGACGAGGAUACGCUCAGGUUCUGCAAGUGGCUAUACUCGACUCUCGCGGACCUACACAUCAUCGAGCAGCUGCCGGAAGGUGUACCACACCUUUCGCCGCAGGAACUCAAGAUACUGACCAGUGAUCACCUCAUAGCUCCCUGGAGCAGUAGCCCAGGAUCCCCCGCCGCCGCCACUGCGACCCCCAGCAUGCCCGCGGUAGGAUCUGCCAACGUGCAUGGUUCUUUGGGCGAUGAGGAAGACCACGAGGACAUUGCUGGGUUCACAUCAAUGGCAGACUCUUCAGCGUCGGCCAUCACUUCCCCGAUUGGUUCGUCGACAGGACUCAGCAGGCUUUCGACCCCAUCCACGCAGUCGGCUAGCCUCCGCCCAGGGGUUACGACCGCGGCCACCCCUGCCAGCAAUGCCACACCCCAGCCGGAGCACGGAUUAGGCCACGACGGAAGUCUUCGGGACCGCGGAACGCAGCGGCGGCGGCAGCAGGACGUCGUCGCACAAGAGCCCGGCGGCCUUGUUCGCCCGCUCCCGCAUGUGGACCACCGGGUCGACUUGCCCGCCUGGGCCACGCGCGGCGGUAGCCGAGUGGACGACUAUUACCCAAAAGUACAGCGAGGCAGUUUGUCGUACAGCUUUGUCCCGUACAGCUCGAUGCCUGCAGUGGCACCGGCACUUCAUCCGCCACCAAGAGGAGCGUAUCCGCCGAACUACUUUCGCUACGACCAGCCUCUGUCUCCGCCCUCCCUGCCAAGGUUCGACUCGGUCUUGGGAAGGAUGCUGCCGCGGAAUCUUCCAGCGCCGUACUACCCUUUAAUGUCAUCGAAUCCACCUGCCUAUUUCUCUUAG